GUGUGUGAUCCCUGGCUAUCCCCACGCGGAGUGAGUCUCGGUGGGCGCACCUCAGCAGCGGGUUUUUAAAAGAAAUCAUAGCUAAGAAAAAGCACAAUGGAGUUUUACGAGUCCACCUACUUCAUCAUCCUCAUUCCUUCUGUGGUUAUUACAGUCAUCUUCCUCUUCUUCUGGCUUUUCAUGAAAGAGACUUUAUACGAUGAAGUCCUGGCCAAGCAGAGGCGGGACCUAAAGCUGGCGCCUAGCAAGGCGGACAAGAAGAAAACGGAGAAGAAGAAGAACAAGAAGAAAGAGGCUCAGAACGGGAACAUCCACGAGUCUGACUCGGAGAGCGCCCCUCGGGACUUUAAGCUGUCGGAUGCCCUGAGCACGGAGGAGGAGCAUGUCACUGCUGUCCCCUCGGGGGUCACCGAGGCCAGCGCCGGCCUCAGGGAGCGCAAGAAGAAGGAGAAGAAGCACAAGGCCGGCCAGGAUGAUCACGUAACUAAGGACUCGGAAGGAUCCAAGUCUUCAGGCAAGAAAGUAGAUCCAGUCCCUGUUACAAAACAGCCCACUCCACCAUCUGAACCAACAGCAGCUAAGAAGAAGCCUGGGCAGAAGAAGCAGAAAAAUGGAAUGGAUGAUCAAGAUAGUAAGACUGAUUCUGUUGUAUCUCCUGCCAAAAAGCAAGAACCAGUGCUGCUCCACCAGGAGAUAAAGCAAGAAAAUGUGUCAGGGAAGAAGAAGGUCUCUGCAAAGAAGCAAAAAGUUGAUAAUGGCACUUUGGAGAAGCGUGAGCCGGUUGAAGUUGUAAAACACAACGUGAAUGAGGGCAUCCAGAAGAGCAGUGGCAAGAAAAUGAAGAAUGAAACAGAUAAAGAGAAUGCUGAAGUGAAAUUCAAGGAUUUUGUAACAUCCAUGAAGAAUAUGAUCUUCUCUGAAGAUGAGGCCCGUUGUGUAGUGGAGGUGUUAAAGGAAAAAUCCGGUGCAAUUCAUGAUUUCUUGCAAAAGGCCAGCAAGGCUGAGACAGCUGCAGCUCUGCACCAGCUCCAGGACAAGGAGAAGAUGCUCUCAGCGAUGAAGGAGGAGGCAGCUGUUGCAAAGGAGCAGUGCAAGCAGCUCUCCCAGGAGCUGGUUGCAGAGAAGGAGAGGAAUGGUUUGCUCACGACCAAGAUGCGCGAGCGCAUCAACGCGCUGGAGAAGGAGCACGGCACCUUCCAGAGCAAAAUACACGUCAGCUACCAAGAGUCCCAGCAGAUGAAAAUCAAGUUCCAGCAGCUCCGUGAGCAGAUGGAGGCAGAAAUUAGCCACCUGAAGCAGGAAAAUGGUAUCCUGAGAGAUGCUGUCAGCACUUCCACCAAUCAAAUGGAGAGCAAGCAGUCGGCCGAGCUGAACAAACUGCGCCAGGACUACGCCAGGCUGAUGAACGAGCUGGGCGAGAAGAGCAGCAAACUGCAGCAAGAGGAGCUGCAGAAGAAAAAUGCAGAGCAGGCAGUGGCUCAGCUCAAGGUCCAGCAGCAGGAAGCAGAGAGAAGAUGGGAAGAAAUCCAGGCUUAUCUCAGGAAAAGAACAGCAGAACAUGAAGCAGCACAACAAGAUGUGCAGAAUAAGCUUGUGGCCAAAGACAAUGAAAUCCAGAGCUUGCACAGUAAACUUACUGAUACAAUGGUGUCAAAACAGCAGCUGGAGCAGAGGAUGCUGCAGUUAUUGGAGGCUGAGCAAAAGAGAGCUACUGAGGAGGACUCCAUGCAAAUGCAAGUGCAGGAGCUGAUAGAGCAGAAUGAUGCUUUGAAUGCUCAGCUUCAGAAGUUUCAUUCACAAAUGGCAGCCCAGACCUCAGCUUCAGUCCUGGCAGAAGAACUUCACAAAGUGAUUGCAGAGAAGGACAAACAGAUAAAGCAGAUGGAGGACUCAUUAGGCAAUGAACGUGCCAACUUAACCAGCAAGGAGGAAGAGCUCAAGGUCUUACAGACUAUGAACCUCUCCCUGAAAUCAGAAGUACAGAAGCUGCAGGCUCUGACAAAUGAACAGGCUGCUGCUGCACAUGAGCUGGAAAGGAUGCAGAAAAGCAUUCACAUAAAAGAUGACAAAAUAAGAACUCUUGAAGAUCAGCUCCGAGAAGAACUCACUCAGAUUUCGAACACAAAAGAAGAAUUCAAGGUUCUGAAGGAUCAAAACACUGCUCUGCAAGCUGAAGUUCAGAAGCUGCAGACUCUCCUGUCUGAGCAGACAAACAAAGAUUUGAUAGAGCAGAUGGAAAAAAGCAUGAGAGAAAGGGAUGAUAAAAUCAAGACAGUUGAAGAGCUGCUUGAGGCAGGACUCAUCCAGGUGGCUACUAAAGAGGAGGAGCUGAAGGCCCUGCGAACGGAAAAUUCAUCUCUGAGAAAAGAACUUCAAAGCCUGCAGAUUCAGCAAUCGGAGCAGGUUUCCUUCCAAUCACUGGUGGAGGAACUGCAGAAAGUGAUCCACGAGAAGGAUGGAAAAAUAAAAUCAGUGGAAGAACUCCUUCAAGCUGAAAUCCUAAAAGUAGCAAGCAAGGAGAAGACUGUUCAGGCUUUGACACAGGAAAUAGAGGCUCUGAAAGAAGAAGUAGGAAAUUCCCAGCUUGAGAUGGAAAAACAGGUGACAAUAACAUCACAAGUCAAAGAACUUCAGACUCUGUUGAAGGGGAAGGAAAAGCAGUUGAAAACCAUGGAGGCCUUAUUGGAAGAGAAGGAGAAAGAGAUUGUUAAGAAAGGAGAAUGUCUGCAGGGUCAGAAGGACACAAUUGCACAGUUAACCAGUAAAGUUCAGGAGCUGGAACAACAGAACCUGCAACAACUCCAACAGGUACCUGCUGCAACCCAAGUCCAGGACGUGGAGAACCUGUUGAAAGGGGAAGAACAAAUGAAGAAGUUGAAAGCUGUGGUGGAAGAAAAGGAGAGAGAAAUUGCAAACCAAGUAAAACAGUUACAGGAUAUGCAAAAAGAAAAUGAAUCUUUCAAAGCUCAAAUACAGGAAUUAAAGCAGGAGAACUGCAAACAGGCAUCUCUGGCUGUCCAAAGCGAGGAGCUGCUGCAAGUGGUUGCAGGCAAGGAGAAGGAGAUUGCCAGUCUCCAGAGCGAGCUCGCCUCUCAGAGAAAUGCUUUUGAGCAGCAGAGGAAAAAGAACAACGACCUUCGGGAGAAAAACUGGGAAGCAAUGGAAGCAUUGGCAUCAACUGAAAAAUUGCUGCAGGACAAAGUGAACAAGACUGCCAAGGAGAAGCAGCAGCACUUGGAAGCUGCCGAGGUGGAGACGCGCCAGCUCCUCCAGAAGCUCUUCCCCAAAGUCUCUCUUCCUUCCAACAUGAGCCACAGCGAAUGGAUAUGUGGGUUUGAAAAGAUGGCUAAAGAAUACUUGAGAGAGGCUUCAGGAUCUGAAGAUGUCAAGGCUAUGGAGCAGAAGUUGAAGGAGGCUGAGGAAAUGCACAUCCUGCUGCAGCUGGAGUGUGAAAAAUACAAAUCUGUUCUGGCAGAGACAGAGGGCAUUUUACAAAGGCUACAGAGGAGUGUGGAAGAGGAAGAAAGCAAAUGGAAGAUAAAAGUUGAAGAAUCACAGAAGGAACUUAAACAGGUGCGUUCCGUGGUCACUUCUUUGCAGCACGAGGUGGAGAGGUUAAAGGAAGAAAACAAAGAAGUUGAAACUCUUAAAAAAGAGAGAGAACAUUUGGAAAGUGAACUAGAAAAGGCAGAAAUAGAACGAUCUACUUAUGUUUCAGAAGUCAGAGAGCUCAAAGAUCUCUUGACUGAAUUGCAGAAAAAACUUGAUGAUUCAUAUUCUGAAGCAGUAAGACAGAAUGAAGAGUUAAAUUUGCUGAAAACGCAACUGAACGAAACACUGUCAAAACUCAAAGUUGAUCAAAACGAGAGAGAAAAGGUGGCUGGUGACUUGCCCAAGGCCCAGGAGUCUUUGGCAGCUCUGGAGAGAGAAAUUGGGAAGGUUUUUGGGGAUGCCAAUGUUAUUGAAAACAGCGACGUUUGCACAGACUCGGAAUUGAGUGACAAGAGGCGGAAUGUGGCGGUGAAUCUCACCCAGGACGUGGGUCAUCUCAAGAAGCUGCUCGUGUCAAUAAGCCAAAUGCUGUCAAAGGGAUGAGGACACUACAGCCAGGAUGAAGUCACGGGGGAAUCGUUCAUUUGAGGGUAGCAGAAGGCAUUGUAUUAUAUUUUGCCAAAUUAAAGCCUUAUUUAUGUUUUCACCCUUUCUACUUUGUCAGAAACACUGAACAGAGUUUUGUCUUUUCUAAUCCUUGUUAGACUACUGAUUUAAAGAAAAACCCAACUCUGUAGACACCUCCAGAGUUUAGUUUUGUAAUAAAAACAAACCUGUUUGGAUAAUUAGACCUUUACAUUCCUGGAGAGACAGUAAACACAUAAUCUUUUAUCUUAUUUUGCUCAAUAAAACUUGUUCAGAAAACUCCAACGUGGUAAAGUCACCGAUGGGAAAUGACAUUUUAAUACUGAUGUUGUACACUGUUUUACUUAAUUACAUUUUUGGGAUUAGCUGCCUCUGACUUCAACCUCAAGUAAA